AGUCACAAAUAUUUCACAAAUAUUGUCGAAUUUGUCCUCAAACUACUCUGUGCCAUGGGCAUUGUCUUAUUAUUUAUUUUUCAUAGAUGAGGAACCAAAGAAUAGACGAGUUAAAUAGAGAAUGGUUAUACAGUUCAUUAAUGAAUGGACAGAUAUACGAAGAAUGGUGUCCUAUGCAGAAUUUUGAGAAGAAAGUCAAAAUCUCACAUUAAUCCAAGAAAUCUUUCUGCAUCUCGGAGAUGCUUGAGGAAGAGAUCCCAAAUACCCUCAGUCAAUUUGUUCCUUUCUUCAUUCAAACCGUCCGGGGCACACGGAAUCCGCUGUGCACAAGACAGAAAUAGAUCCUGUUCUCUUGGAGCUUCCGUUGUACCGGGCGUUGUACCGCCACGCAAAGAUUAAGAUAGGAUGGUAUGAUGGUGACUGUAGGCCUACUUUGGUCACUUGAUGGGCACAAUCUAUGCUCUGGGUUGCUUUCUCACACUUUUGGUGGCGUUUUCUUCCUUUUACCCCUCGUCCGCCAGCAACACGCUCAGACGAUUCCGCCGCGCUGCCCUGGUUCUCCACUCAGUGCGCCUGCGCCCAAGCCUGGCCCAAUCGGAUAUAGCCCAAGGCUGUAUCGAGGGUGGGAUUGGUUCCUCAGCUGGGGAAGCAGAAAGGGGCGGGGCUUUAUCCCGAAACCUGUGGCUGCUGGCUGACGGAAGUGAGCUGGAGACUCGGAAAAGUUGUUGUCGCAGGAAGUCUGGGGGGAAAACGCUACCGGGUGAUGGCGGCAAAGGCUAAGGCAGAGGAGGUGGGUGGGGCUGGUCUUGCCCAGCGGUUGGGAGUGUAGGGGCGUUUGCGGCUAGACGAAGAGGCGGUGCCAGGGAGUCAGAGAGGGGGCCGCAGACACUGUGGGGUCGGGGUCGGCGGUGAGGGCGCCCGGCCUGUCGGGAACCGCGGGGAAUCACCUGGGCCGUCCGGGAAGAAGCCGAACCGGCCCCGCCUCCAGCUUGUCCUCCGCCGCAGGUGCCGGUGGACGGCGCAGCGGAGCAGCAUCCCCCUGCGGCGGCCGAGGAGUUGGCCGCCCAGAAGCGCGAACAGAGACUGCGCAAAUUCCGGGAGCUGCACCUGAAGCGGGUGAGUCGCCCUAGAGGCCAGCUGAGACCUGUCACGUGGCCAGGCCCGUGCGCGUUUGUGGAGGGACGAGGAAGCCGCACCAGCGCGUGUGACAGACCUGCAGAGCUGCAUGAAAGUUCGGUCCCGGUGGUUCGCAACCUGGCAUCACACUGAAGUCACUCUGAGAACUUUUAAAAGCUAGACAUGCUUAGGCCUCACUUCCAGGGUGUCUGAUUUGAUCAGUUUCUAAACACAGACAUUGUUAUUUUUUUAAGCAUCCUCUCCCCGCACCCUCCUCUCAGCUCAAGUGAUUCUGUCAAACCUUUCUUUUUAUGGAGGGGGAUACCGUGGACCAGAAAUGGAAAGUAACUUGUCUGUUGUCACGCAGCAAGUUGGCGUCAUUCAUCCAGAAACAGCCCCUCCCCUAAUGGCCUCUAGUGUGCUAUAGCCAACUAUCAACGGAUGGUGUGGAUACAGCGGUAAAUAUGAAUGAAGCUCGAAAAUUAAAUCACCAGGAAGUUGUGGAGGAAGAUAAAAGACUUAAAUUACCUGCAAAUUGGGAAGCUAAGAAAGCUCGUUUGGAAUGGGAAUUGCAGGAAGAAGAAAAGAAAAAAGAAUGUACAGCAAGAGGGGAAGACUAUAAGAAAGUGAAGUUGCUAGAGAUCAGUGCAGAAGAUGCAGAAAGAUGGGAGAGGAAAAAGAGGAGGAAAAACCCCAAUCUGGGAUUUUCAGAUUAUGCUGCUGCCCAAUUACACCAGUAUCAUAGGUUGACAAAGCAGAUCAGACCUGACAUGGAAACAUAUGAGAGACUGAGAGAAAAGCAUGGAGAGGAGUUCUACCCAACAUCUAACAGUCUUCUUCAUGGAACACAUGUGCCUUCCACAGAGGAAAUUGAUAGGAUGGUCGUAGACUUGGAAAAGCAAAUUGAAAAACGAGACAAAUACAGCCGGAGACGUCCUUAUAAUGAUGAUGCAGAUAUUGACUACAUUAAUGAAAGGAAUGCUAAAUUCAACAUGAAGGCAGAAAGAUUCUAUGGGAAAUAUACAGCUGAAAUUAAACAAAACUUGGAAAGAGGAACAGCUGUCUAAUCUCCUUCAGGAACUGUUCUGACUGCCAAAUUGUACCAGUAAAUCAGGACUCUUUCCUUUUAUAAUUUGUAAAGACAUGUUUUACAAAUCUGUGUAUUUUCAUACUUAUAUAUUUAUUAUUCAUUUGUUUUAGAAAAAUGUCUUGUAUUUCUGUGUUUAAAGUGUGUGCUUAAUGUGUGCACUCUGCUAGGCUUAAAAUCCUUAGAUACGAACACAAGUCAUCAUCAUGCUGAAAUCUGUCAUACAUUUGACUUGACCUGGAGUUGAACUUGGGAGCUUCAGAGGUGAGACGCUAAAUUGGCACUAAUUCUUCUUAUAAGCUAUGGUAGGUAGUGAAAGGAAGGCAGUGGUCACUGGAAAUUCAACCUAAUCCCUCCCUGCUCCAAGAGGUCACAAUUAGCAGGUGCUUGCCUGUCCCAUGUUCUGUCCCAUAGCCCAGGUCCAUUUAUGGGGCAAGCAUAGAGGGUGGGAGACUGAUUCUCCAAUAGCAUUUUACAAAUAUGCCAUCCUUCAAAAAGCAAAUAUUCCUUGGAAGAAGGUAAGUUAAAACACUUGGUGAAAGUAUUAUUAAAAUACACAUAAUACAAUCUUUUUUUUUAAAGGCUAACUGGAAUUCUAACCUUAUUUCAACUGUAACUAAAAAAUUAGGACAUGUGAUUUUAGUAGUAAUUAUGGGAAACAGACGAUAGAAAACCUGAAGUCAGGAGUAUCCCAUGAAAGUGAAGAUUAUUUGUGCCAUGUUAUGUGAAUAAAAACAUGCCUAGGAUUGAGAUCAGUAUAAGCUGGGCACACUUAUUGAUCAAUGAGUAGGAAGCUCUGAUUUAGCUAAUGACGGGCUUAUAAAGAUGGUAAUAUAAAUGCUAAUAAAGGUAUAUUCAAUGUACUGUGAAUAGGGAAAUUUUAACAUUGUGGUACAGUCAUACAACUAUAGAAUGAGACAGAUCUAACAUGAAUAGAUGCUCUUACCUAUAUAAAGAGAGGUUUGUAC